AAUAUGAAUUAUGCAGGCUUGUAGAGAAACACUGUGAUGAUGCUAUCCUUACAGUUACAGCCGUGCCGAUCAUUCCAGGGACCAAAAGCUUUACAAAAAUAAAAUUUAAGCUGCAGUACCAGAUAAACAGGCACUUGCAGCAGAGAUGAAUCUUAAGCAUUACUAUCUACCAACCCAGAGUCGAGGAGAGAACUUAGCCAGAACAUGGCUUUUGCUACCAGGACAAGACUUUUGUUAACUUGUUUACCGGACUACCAGUGAGUAGCUCAAAUACAGUAACAGAUGGUUCGUUGGUGGGUUCAAGACAUCUGUACUGCAAUAGACCACGUAUCUGCAUCUAUCCAAUGGGGCAUUAAAGAAGUGAACGAAUUAGGAUGGUUACCCUUAAUUAUAGCUUCCAUAAUUCAUAGUAAUAUGGACAACUGUGCUGCAUGCCGGUGUUCUUGUAUGUUCAGAGUGUCACCCAACCUUCUGGUUCAUUACUAAUUAGCUAGUAUAAGGAGACAUGAGCCGAAUAUAACUUCUUUAUUCCAAAGUGAUGAGAAUCAAAAUAGUGUUAAGAAAAAGAUCGAAUUAUGAUGGUGGAAGUCAACAAUAGGAAUGGCAGGGGACCCACUCAAGAAUGUGGAAUGUACAUGGCAGGAUCUUGAAUCCCGGAGAUAAACGCGCUGGUUUGAGUGUGCAUUUCAACCGCAUCAAAAUGACUUGCUUUUGAAGGUGGGGAAAAAAAAGAGUAGUCCCCAUUUGGGCAUCAUUAUCAGAUAGCUUGGCCUGGCAGGAUUAAAUGACAGAUAAAAUAAAGUUGAAGUGUCCUGAUCUUAUAAUUUUGAGCAUUGGUGAGUCAAUGAACGCUCAAGAUAGCUUCUUGCUGGCUUAAGAUUGGAGAAUGAUGUGAAGACAUGUUGUCUUAGGGACGAAGCUCGCACUGGAUCUUACAUCCGGCAUUAAAAAAUGAAGUAACCUGCAACUGUAAGGAGUGGUUUAAAGACGGUAAAUUAGAUUAUUCAGAUAUUGUGUAGGAUGAAAUAACUCGACAGUAUUUCUUAAAUGCACGCAGUAACCACUAACCUGUAAUGGAGCAAUAGUAGUAAUUAGCACAGCAAAUUAUAAUAUGCACUCUUAUUACUUGCACUGAUCAAGAAAGUCCGAGACGGAUAAAUUGAAUAAUGAAUCUUAUCUGUAGUUAUAAGUAAUAUCCGUUGGCAGUUGACACUAGCUAACUGAUGACUAAUACUCUUAUCACCGCUAAUGUGUGCUUCCAUACUGCUUCCUAAAUAUCUCUCUAUCUUAUAGUUUGCAUUUUCAAAUUCUUUCCGUCUCUCUCCCUUCUCUUCUAUUGCAGUAUAUAAAUGCACGCAUUUGCACUGGAACGUACACUAUCAAACUGAUCUGUCUAUCUUAUUUGAUUGUUGUCUUCAACUUGCAAUUCACUAGAGAGAUAUGGAGAUUGCCUUGCUUUCUCUUGUGCUUCUCAUCUCUUCUUCCGCUGUCUUCUUCGCCACGACUCCUGUUUCUGCAGAUGAUAAACCUUUAGAUGGACUUUUCAGAAAUGGUGAUCUCGAAGAAGGGCCAGAGCCAUCAAAACUUAAGGGAACCGUCAUUAUUGGGACGUACUCACUUCCCAAAUGGAGGAUCAAUGGUUUAGUCGAGUAUGUCCACGGUGGUCCACAACCUGGUGGAAUGUAUUUUCCUGUUUCACGCGGUGUUCACGCUGUUAGGCUCGGUAACGAUGCCUCAAUCACUCAAGCAAUAGUAGUCAAACCAGGUUCUCUAUAUGCCCUGACAUUUGGAGCUACGAGAACUUGUGCACAAGAUGAAGUUUUAACUGUCUCUGUGCCACCAUUCGUGGGAGAUCUUCCUCUCCAAACACUGUACAACAGCGACGGAGGUGAUACUUAUGCUUGGGCGUUCAAGCCUACAUCUAAGAUCGUUAAGGUGACAUUUACUAACAAAGGUACUCAAGAAGAUCCUUCAUGUGGUCCUCUACUGGAUGCAAUUGGAAUUAAGGAGCUUGUCAUUCCCUCUGCCACCAAAGAUAAUUUGGUUGUUAAUGGUGACUUCGAAGAGGGUCCUCAUCUAUUUAGAAACUCUGCAAAUGGCAUUCUCCUGCCUCCCAAACAAGUAGACAGAGAGUCACCGCUUGUUGGAUGGAUAAUUGAAUCUCUUAAAGCCGUCAAGUACAUCGACUCGCAACACUUCAAUGUUCCCUCUGGGAAAGCUGCAAUUGAGUUGGUUGCAGGUAGAGAAAGUGCUAUCGCUCAAGUCAUAAAUACAGUUCCUAAUAAAUUUUACACGCUCACUUUCAUAGUCGGAGAUGCCAAAAAUAACUGCCAUGCAUCCAUGAUGGUCGAAGCUUUCGCCGGGGACAAGACACUCAAAGUCCCUUUUGAAUCUACUGGCAAAGGUGGCUCUGUGACUGGUGGCCUUGUAUUCAGGGCAAGUGAAUCCUCUACAAGAAUUACCUUCUACAGUUCCUUUUACCACUCAAAGCAAGUGAGCAAUGACUUGGGAACUCUUUGUGGUCCUGUUAUAGAUCGUGUUGUUGUUUCUCCUCGGGAUGACUAGUUAUCUGCUGCAUCAUUUCGGUCUAACCGGAAUGGGGUUUGCUUUUACAUGCAUAAUCAGGCCAGGUUUUGUAGUUUUAUGUAGUAGGUUUUUUCCUACAAAACUGAACCUUUUCUCUCAUAGUUUGCUUCAAAAUUUGAAACUUCCAGUCUUGUAAUUGUACUUUGUUCUAUAUUAUGUAUUAAAGUUUC